AUGUAUUCCACUGUGGAAGGCGUUGAUCCCACCAGGGGACUGCCACCUCUGGGGGACACGCUUGGGUUUUGUCUGGCGCCCAACUCCUCUCUCUGGACUGGCGGUAAGCAACGGCUCCCUGAGGAGAAAGAUCGUACUACCGCCACCUUCCUGGACCGGGCUUAUGCAUGCGCUUGCAUGACUAGGCUGUUGUUUGAAAAGGAGACCUUGCAAGGGGAUGAGCUGCGGAGGAUCCAGGUGUCGACAGCGGCCUUUCAAAAGAUGGCGUUGGUGGCCUCGAUCAACGGAGGGCGCACGUGCGCCCUCACCCAGAUGGCGGCACGCAACCUGUGGCUCGACAAGACAGGGCUUAAGGAGCCGGAGAAGCGGAACUUAAUUGGAGCACCAAUCUCCGAUGACACGCUGUUUGGCUCCAACAUCUCGGGUCUGCUGGAGAAGAUGGAGACGCAGAAAUCGUCGGCCAAGCUUUCCGAGCACUUCCGUCUGGCUCAACGCGCACAGUCCGCUCGUUCCAGAGAACGUUCUGGCCAGAGAGAUGUCCGGGAGGACCCUUUUCGCUGCCGCGAAAGUGCCCAGCCCUCUACCUCGUCCGCUGGACAUUCUUCUUCCGCGCCUCGUGGAAUCUGUCUCACGUCUCCUCGCUCCCCAGCAGAGCGUCUGUGUCUGGAGCAGGAGGUGGAGUCGCUCCUUCGGAAGCGAGCUAUCUCUCUGGUGCCUCAGGAGGACCGAAAGAGAGGGUUCUACUCGGUGUAUUUUCUGGUCCCCAAGAGGUCAGGAGGUCUCAGACCAAUUCUGGAUCUGCGACGGCUGAAUGCCUUCAUCUCCUCUCGCUCAUUCAGGAUGCUGACAAUACAGCAACUGCUCAACUGUGUCAGGCCAGGGGACUGGAUGACCUCCGUGGAUCUGACAGAUGUGUACUUCCACGUUCCCAUCCUACAGCGCCACAGGCGCUACCUGAGGUUUGCAGUGGGGGACAACUGUUACCAGUUCGACCGGCUGCCCUUCGGGUACUCCCUGGCUCCACUGACCUUCUCGAAGGUGGUGGAUGCUGCGUUGGAGCUGCUCAGAUCUGCAGGCAUAAGAAUCCUGACAUAUCUGGACGACUGGCUCAUUCUAGCGGCUUCAGAGAGCGAGGCGCAACGUCACACAGAGAUGGUGCUGCAGCACAUCACACGUCUCGGCUUUGCGGUCAACCUCCAGAAGAGUGCGCUGCAGCGCAUCACUUGGACUCAAUAUCUGGGGCUUCUCCUCGACUCUCAGUCCAUGAUAGUGCGGCUGUCAGACGAGAGGUUGUCGAAACUUCUCCUCGCAGUGACAGCGGCGAGAAGUGCCCAGAGGUUGAGAGUGAGCGAGGUGAUGACCUUGUUAGGUCUCAUGUCGGCGGCUCAUUCGGUAGUCAAACUGGGUCUCUUGCACAUGAGACGCCUUCAACGUUGGUUCGCGUGUCUCAGGCCCGACCCAGUCAGGGACAGAUCGAAGUUGGUGGUCCUUCCGGCCCAAGUUCAUCUGGAUCUGAUCUUUUGGGCCUCCAGCAGUCGUCUCCACCAAGGUGUCCGUAUGGGCUGCGUCCAGCGAUACGUGCACUUGUUAGCGGUGGAGAAAGUGCUGGAACACUUUGCGCCGCGUCAUGUGAUGGUCAGGUCAGACAACUCCAUGACGGUUGCCUACAUCAACCACCAGGGGGGAGUGAGAGCUCCCUCUUUGCACAGAGUGGCGGCUCGCAUUCUUCUGUGGGCGUCCUCUCAUUUCUUAUCUCUGAGAGCGCGUCACGUUCCAUGUGUGCUGAACGUGGACGUGGACAGAAUGUCCAGAGGAGUCGUGUCGGCGGAAGAGUGGGGUCUCGUGCCACACGUGGCAGAGGCGGUCUGGGCUCGGUUCGGGGUUCCGGUCGCGGACUUGUUUGCGUCAAGGAUGAACUACAAAGCUCCUCUGUGGUUCUGCUUGAAGGCGUCGGACAACCCCACCCUGGGGGUGGAUGCUCUGGCGCACGCAACAUGGCCGCAGGGACUUCUGUAUGCGUUUCCUCCGUUGAGACUGUUGAUGCCGUUCCUUCUUCGUGUGAGGACGCAGAUGUUGACGGUGAUCACGGUGGUCCCCAACAGUCCCGGCACCAGGUGGUUCCCGGACCUGGUCAGCUUGGCGAAGGGUCCACCCUGGAUGAUUCCAGACUCUCACGGGGCUCUGGUGCAGGAUCAGGGCCGGCUUCGGGUGAGACUGCUGGACAUGGGGCUGUCGGACGCAGUCAUCCAGACGGUGCAGAGCGCCCGUGCACCAGCUACUAGCAAACUUUACACUUCCAAGUGGCUGGUGUUUGCUGGCUGGUGCGCAGCGAGACAGCUUUCGCUGUCUGCUUGCUCUGUGGUGGAGGUCUUGUCCUUCAUGCAGGAGGUGUUGGACAAGGGCCGGGCAGCAUCGACACUCAGUGUGUUUGCGGCCGCCAUUUCGGCUGGGCACCAAGGUUUUGGCCAGGUCUCUGCCUCCGGUGAGGAGCCUAAUUCCACCCUGGAAUUUGCAGGUGGUUCUUGA